AUGGGAGUGUUGUCUGAAGCGCAGCAGUCCAAGGCCUUCUCGCUGCUGAAGAAGCAAAUGCUUGAAACAAGGAAAAUACAGAGAAAGCCCAAAGUGGAACAAAGUGCCCCAGCCGGGAGCCGGCGCCGUCAUUCAGGCCCCGACGCUUUGCAGAGCUGCGCCCAGAGCUUGACGUGCUCGGCCCUAAGCGGGCAGCGUCUGACGAACGAGCCGGGAGGGGGCCGCGGAGGGCAGGCUGCGCUGCACCGUCCCUUCCUGCCCAAACCUGUCCACGAAGCACAGACCGGUUCGGGCUGUAAUUUGGUGUGCUCCUUGCUGCUCCCGCGCAGGCAGCCCUGGGCUCUGGUGGGGAUCCUCGGAGGGGAUCCGGUUUCAACAGUGGAAGAUCAGAGAGAAUAUCGUGGGACCGGGACAACGGGGCUAGCUGUAGCCCAAAGAGAUUUCCAGACCUACGACGGAAUCCGGUUCACCGUUACUGCUUUCAGCGGAUGGGUGAAAGGGGUGCCUCAUAAUGGAUUUAAAGUGGAGGUGUCCAAAGGAAUAAUUCUUCAUUUAGCAGAUGAAGUUACAAGCUGGUUACCUGGCGACAGAAUAGUCAUUGCCAGUACAGAUUAUUCAAUGCAUCAAGCUGAAGAGUUUAAUCUCCUCCCUUGCACUGAAUGUAAAAGUAAUCAAGUGAAAAUUGAUGGCAGCCCGCUUUAUCUUCAUAUUGGAGAAGUUAUAGAUGGCAUAGAUAUGAGGGCAGAGGUUGGUCUUCUGACGAGAAAUAUACUUAUUCAAGGAGAAAUGGAAGACUCCUGUUAUGGACAAAAUCAAUGUCAAUUUUUUUCCUUUGACACGUUUGGAGGACAUAUUAAAAUCCAGAGGAAUUUUAGCUCUGUUCACAUGUCAGGGGUGGAAUUAAAAAACAUGGGGCAGCAAAUCCUGGGCAGCUACCCUGUGCAUUUUCACUUGGCUGGAGACGUGGAUGAGAGAGGAGGAUACGAACGCCCAGCUUACCUCGAUAACCUGGCUAUCCACCACUGCUUCUCUAGGUGUGUUGCCAUACACGGAACUCAUGGCCUUCUGGUGAAAGACACUAUUGGCUAUGACACUUUGGGGCACUGUUUCUUCCUUGAAGAUGGGACAGAGCAACGCAAUACGUUCUAUCACAACUUGGGUCUCCUCACAAGGUCAGGAACGAUCUUACCUUCAGAUCGCAAUGAAGCCAUGUGCCUAGCAAUCCGUAGCCACGUCUAUGGGAAUUAUGUUCCCGUGCCAAGCACGGACUGCAUGGCUGUGAGCACAUUCUGGAUUGCAAAUCCAAACAACAACUUAAUAGAGAAUGCGGCAGCUGGUGCUCAGGAUGUCGGGAUAUGGUACAUCUUCCACCGGGUUCCGACUGGACAGUCCGAGGGGCAAUAUCCAGAGGGACAGGCUGAACAUACCCCCUUGGGCGUGUUUUCCAACAACAGAGUGCACUCCAAUUUCAAGGCCGGUUUGUUUAUUGGUAAAGGAGUAAAGACAACGAGAGCCAGUGCUGAGGAUCCCAGAGAGUAUCUCACUGUAGACAAUGCCAGGUUUCGCCCACAUCAAGAUGCUGAUCCUGAAAAGCCGCGAGUUCCUGCCGUAAUUGAUGGUCUUAUUGCUUUUAAAAAUAACGACCAUGGGGCCUGGGCCAGGGGCGGCGACAUUAUUUUCCGCAACUCUGGGUUUUCAGACAAUGGAAUUGGACUCACUCUAGCGAGCGAUGGAACUUUCCCAACAGAUGAUGGCUCCAGCCUGGAGGUGUCACGCUCCAUUUUUGUUGGAGAAAGCAGCAACCUUGGCUCCCGGGGAGGCCAAAACAGCUAUUGGGGAAGAGGGGCAAAUGGAGAAUACAGAACCCUGCCCAGAAACAAGACAUUCCCUAUUCGUGGAUUCCAGAUUUACGAUGGGCCUGUCAGAAUGGCAAAAUGCACUUUCAAGAAGUUCACCCCAACUGCUGACAGAUACUCGAGUGCCAUUGGGUUCUUCAUGAAAAACUCCUGGCAGAUAAGCCCCCAGAAUAAUGUGUCACAGAUCCUGAUGGAGAGAAGUGUUGGACUGAAAGUGUUUUUUGGCAGAUCAGGCCAGUGGUUUGGAAACAACAAUAAUGAUGGUGACAAAAUGUCUAUCUUUCAUGAUCUGGAUGGCUCCGUGACAGGGUACCAGAACACUUUCGUAGGCAGAGCGGACAACCACUUGCUUCGUCAUCCCGGAUGUCUCACCGUGCCCCGGUGGAACGGGAUGAUAUGCACCGGGAAAUUUGCCCAGCUUUAUAUUCAGGCCAGACGCCCUGAAAAUCUGACCUUAUCCAUUGCCAGAGCAACAUACCAUUCCCAUCCCUUGUGGUUGCAAGGCGUGAACCGAGGAGUACCGUACCAGCAGUACCAGCCAGUCGUCAUGCUUGAGCAGGCUUAUAUCGUCCAGUGGGACGGCAGAGCACCUGAGGAUGUUAUCCUGUACCCGAUCAACUUCAACAGAGGAGACUGGCUGCAUAUUGCCCUCUGUUAUCCCCGGGAAGCCAUUUUCCACGUGGUGGCGGAUGUCUACCAGCGGCGGACAGGGACAGUGCACAGCGUAAAGCACUACACGGCGGCUGCCUCCCAGGACGGCGCUCUCAGAGGCACCAGUGAGAGGGUCUUCUACUUCAACCGGGCAUCAGGGUACCUGUUUGUUCACCUGCAAGCCCACGAAGCUCGAGAAGGACACAGCUAUUGCUCUGAGCAAGGCUGCGAACGUGUUAAAAUCGUGGCAGAGAUGUCAGCGGGGGACUCCUGGCGCUGUGCCCCAAACCCGUUCCUGGAGCGUAGCGGCCGGCAGGCAGCUCCCCGGCGCCCCGUGUCGCAGCGGCUGGCCGGGCCGUGCAGGGCCUGCGGGGCCCCUCAGCUUGCUAUCACUAGCAAACCCUCAGUCAAGUAUGUAAGAAUACAGAUCCAGUCUCGCAGCACGGCUGACAUACAAAACCACUCGACGUCUGCGUUCAUUAAGAUCAACGAUAAAAUUUUCCUGUUCAAUAGCCGUGGGAUAUUCUUCGUGGUGCUAGAUGCAUGCUCAGGAGCAGUCCUGAGUAGGCGGCGCUUUGACACAGUUAGCCGUGAAAAUGCUGCCAAUUCAAUAGCUGAUUAUGUUCAAACAUCUAUAAAGGAGAGAUCACUCGUUCUUGUGUGCUCUAGAGACAUUACAGAAAUGGCAAGGAGUUCUGGAUUGUCUGUCUUCACCAGGUUAGGUUCUGCAAAGCCUAUUAUCUUCCACAAAAAAGGGAGUUUUGCUAUGCUUGGCUAUAAAGGGCAAGCCAAGCCCUCCUGGAUUAAAAUCCUUAAUCAUGCUGGUUAUCAGAAAGCUGCUUCUCUACAGCAUUAUGUUCCCCUGAAGCUGAAGGAAUAUCACUGUUCAGGUAGUGCUGAUGAGCCUCCAAAAUUGGCUUUAUCUCAGGACCACUCACAGCACAGCUCUGCGGAGACUGCAGAGCCCCGCGACUAAAUCCUCUGGCGUCGCUGGCACAACCUCAGCCAGGCAAAUCCUACUACUGUUACCAAAACUUGCCAUUGUUUUUAAGGCGUUGUACCAAGCCAGUGUUGUUCAUUUGUAUAUUUUAUAACUAAUAAAUAUAUUCUCACCUUA